UUUGGAAGACCGGUGAACUUCAAAGGACCACACCCCCUUUUAUAAGCUCAACUCGAUAGAGUGCAUCACGUGACAAUUAUAGUGCAAUAUGGCGAUAAUUUGUAAUAGAAUUCUCUAUUGACAACUUAAAAAUCUUUAAUUUUCACUUAUUAUACAAUGUUUGGGUAAAAUAUAAGAUUUUAUCCUAAAUCUCUAUCGUAAAGGGCAAACUUUGGGAUGUUUUUAUGAGCGAUAAGCCAAACUGCCGACGCGAUGUAUACCUAUCAACGGGGUGCCAGGAAAUUGUGUCAGUUGUGAGGUAUCCUAUUUCAACAUUCAUGUGAAUUGUGAAGCGAAUUCGGCGCAACAACGAUCGAAAAAAGGCUCAUUUUAGGUUUUCAAUCAUGGAAAUAGACGAGGAACUCGAUACUGAGCAUUCAGAAAGCUUUUAUUCGCCCUUUGAGGACGAUUUCGAACAGACAAUAGCGCUUCUAGAAUUGGAUGUGGAUGAGGUUCAAGUCGAAGUUGAACAAGCACUUGAAGAGGUUGAAGGAAAGAAACAGUUUCCUUGCGAUUUCUGCGUGAAAGUGUGCAAGUCCAAAGGUGGCCUAACAAGACACCAACGUAGUAAACAUGUUGCAGAAUUGGGCGAGGGAUCCUCAAUUCAAUCAGAUAUACCCUUGAUAUCAGAAGAAAAAGUGUGUGACUUAAUUCGUGAUAUCGGUCGACACUUGGUUGAUGAAAAACUAUAUCGAAAGGAGCAUACAGCAGAGGUAUUCAAGCUUCAACCAAGCAAGUCGUUUGUUACUUUUGCCAAUCAACUGUUGGUGAAAUUUAAAAGGAGGAGUAAUCAAGACAAAUUAUUGAAAGAGUUUUAUGGAAGUACCAAUUCAAACUGGAGAGAAUAUUUUCAUCCAUGUGACAAUAAAAAAGUGGUAUUUUUAAUGCUCAUUCAUCUCCCAGAACGCCUGAUUGGGUUACUAAAGGAAAGGCAAGAUGACCAGGGACUAUCUGAUUCUAAGGAAGAAUUGACACCUCAGGAGUAUGGACCAUUUGUAUCAGAAAAGCAAGAACUGCUCUAG